AUGAACCAUCAGCUUGCAGCACUCGCUUCCCAGCAUCAUCACAGCGACUACAACCGUCUUAGAUUCGGUCUAAACGGUGCCCCAAAUAAAUACCUGCCUUUGUCACUUUCUUUCCCAACACAUUUCCAUGAGCUCUCCCUGCGCCAGACACAGGCCGCGGAUACACAGACGGUCUGGCUGCUAGCUUCCGACUCCCCAGCCCAUCCCACUCGGUUGCUUACACCCUCUGGCGCCGAUGUCCUCUCCCUCGAUCUCCAUGAUGAUCUCCGUGCUGCCAUGGACGAGCCUCUGGCGUCUUUAGCGCCCGCCCGCCUUCUCGUAAAGACUUCCAUGUCUCAUCCGAUAAACAUUACAUGCCUGAUCCCCCCUGAGCUCCUGUCUGUCCUCAGUGCCCGCGCCACAGUCAUUUGUGACUCAUCCCCAACAUUGCUGCACCUCCCUGAGAAGCUCUUCAUUCAUAAUUUGAUCGUAUCACACUCCCUCAUGCUGACCGACGCGACUAACCGAGCACUGCAUGUGGCAUUGGAGACCGCCCUCUCCUCUUCCCUUCCCCAGCAUGAACCUGAUCAUAAACCACCUUCUUCGUCGAUCUCUGUCUCCCUUUCGUUGCAGCUCCCGCUGUCGAUCACCCCUUCUGUGGAGCCCUCCCCUGAGAAACAGCAGCUGAUCGGAAAUUUGUUCAUGUCCUCGUGCCCUGGCAAGAAAGUCAGAUUAAAUGAUGCUUCGUCGAAUACCGGUCGAAGUGCCGUAUGUCGGGACCUUGAUAUGGACCUUGCCCGUUUCAAGGAGCAAGGCAUUGGAUGCAUCAUUUGUUGUCUGGAUGACCUCGAACUUGAGUUUCUUGGUGCACCCUGGCCUCAAUACGUCAAAGCUGCUCAGCGUAUCGGAAUCGACGUCCUACGGUUACCUAUUCCAGAAGGCCUUCCACCUCGCUCACCUGAAUACCUUGAUACCCAUUUGACUCGGAUCUUGAACGAUUACACUCUGAAAGGCACGUCUGUGCUUGUUCACUGCCGAGGUGGUGUUGGACGAGCGGGUGUUAUUGCCUGUUCGUGGCUCAUCAAACUCGGUAUAUGCGGGUGGGUGAAGGACCCUCCUACAGCAUUGACGCCGUUCUCAGGCGGUGACAACGUCAACUCGACAACGGCUAAGAAACCCGCACCCAAGGCAAUGGGUGCGCAAAAGUCGCAGUUUGCGGCUACGUUGGAGUUUGUGGAUACCGUGAUUAGGUAUGUGCGGAGGAGACGGAGUCCGAAAGCGGUCGAGACGUUUGAACAAGUCCGCUUUUUAAUGCAGUAUGUCGAUUAUUUGAAGGAUAAGGCUGGGAGGGCCGAGUCUUGUGCUCUUUCCUAG